AUGCCCGCUUCCAAUCCUGGCACCCAGCCCGUCCAGGACCGUGUUCGGUUGCAUAUGCGCCACAAAACAUACCCCAGAUUCAUCCCGAGAUUCAACCCAAGUUUACGCGCCAGGCUACCGUCUUCUGCUGAACACGAUGUUCUACACGUAUCCUCAUUUUCUUCAGUCCCACCGGGUGUGAAAGGGAAAGAUGACACUCCACAUCAUGAUAAUGAAAAGCCUAAAUUAUCCCCACCACCGCCGCUGCCACCGCCUCCAUCGCCCACAUCACCUCCUGCAACAAAAUCUCAAAGUUCGGAAAGAAUUCUGCUUCUUGAAAGUGACUGCUAUGGAAAGCUGGGCUUCGGGUUCCCCCGUUGGAAAAAAUGGACAAUUCUUAGUGUCGUCUUUUUCGUCCAAUUAUCCAUGAACUUCAAUACCAGCAUCUAUGCCAAUGCCAUCACCCCUCUUUCCCUCCACUUCUCCAUUUCUGAGCAAGCUGUGAGAGUGGGCCAGAUGAUAUUUCUCGUCGCCUAUGCGUUUGGGAGCGAGCUGUGGGCUCCAUGGAGCGAAGAGCUUGGCCGAUACCCCGUCAUGCAGCUGAGUUUAUCAUUAGUGAACAUCUGGCAAAUCCCUUGUGCUCUUGCGAAAAACUUCCACACUAUUGUGGUGGGCCGAUUCCUUGGCGGUCUGUCCUCUGCUGGUGGUUCUGUGACACUGGGGAUGAUUGCGGAUAUGUGGGAGCCCGAUGACCAACAGUUUGCAGUUGCCUUCAUUGUUCUCUCCUCCGUUGCGGGAUCUGUUAUAGCACCAAUCGUGGGUGGCUUCAUGGAAACUUACCUCGGUUGGCGAUGGAACUUUUGGGUUCAACUUAUUUUCGGAGGCGUCGCUCAAGCUGCUCACUUUCUAUUUGUGCCGGAAACACGGGUUACCAUACUUCUGGACAGAGAGGCGAAAAGACGGCGUCAGGCAGGAGAACUACAUAUAUAUGGUCCCGGUGAAAUCCAGGGUGCGGGAAUUACACUGAAGGAAGUUGCGAUAAUCUGGGCCCGGCCGUUUAGCAUGUUUGUGCGUGAGCCUAUUGUAUUUUGUCUAUCAAUUCUCAGCGGCUUCAGCGACGCCUUGAUUUUUACCUUCCUCGAGUCUUACCAGCCGGUAUACGGCCAAUGGGGAUUCAAUACGAUACAAAUUGGCUUGGCUUUUAUUCCUAUCCUCCUUGGCUACUUCAUUGCCUAUUUAUCAUUUCUUCCUGUGAUGAUAAAGCACCGUAAGAUUCAAAGAAAAGAUUCCAGCAUCCUUGAACCGGAGUCAAGAUUGUGGUGGCUCUUAUUCACUGCCCCUCUUGAAACUAUUGGUUUGUUCGGGUUUGCAUGGUCAAGUUUGGGGCCACCUCGCAUACACUGGAUUGCCCCUAUGGUAUUCUCUCUUCUAAUUGCCGUUGCAAACUAUUGCAUAUACAUGGCCACAAUCGACUACAUGGUCGCGAGCUACGGACCAUAUUCGGCAUCUGCGACGGGUGGUAAUGCCUUAGCAAGGGAUUUCCUUGCUGGAAUUGCGGCAAUGUAUUCAACGCCAUUGUACAAAACAAUCGGUACCAAAUAUCAGCUUGAAUGGCCCUCGACAAUUAUGGGUAUUAUCUCAUUCAUGGUUACCAUUCCAAUCUACAUCUUCUACUGGAAGGGCUCCGUCAUCAGAGAAAAAUCCAAAUUUGCGAAAAUCCUGGCAAACGACAGGAAGGUGCGCAACAUUCGUCGUAAGGGUGAAAAGAUGAGGUCAGACGUGGAACAGACGAGUGAGAGCGAAAUUGUUCAGACAAUGGAGCGGAUUUAUGGAGUGGACAGUAAAAAUGGAAUUCUGUAA